AUGACCAACAUGAAGAUUCUAUUGAUACCGUUUUCCUUGCUGCUUCUGCACCUCUCGCAGUCCUGGGGCGGUAAGAUCUUGGUGUUCCCGGUGGAAGGCAGCCACUGGAUCAACAUGCUGAAAAUCCUGGAAGUCCUACACGCCAGGGGCCACCACAUCGUAGUGCUGCGGAUGUCGCCGAGCUGGUACAUCCAAGAGAAGUCUCCGUACUACACCUGCAUCAACGUUCCCACCACCAGCUUCGAGGAGAGCUUUGAGGUAUUCGUGGCUCAGCAGUUGGAGAUCCGCCUUCAGACAGAUCCAAAGUCUUUCUGGUCUCGUAUGUGGGCUCAUCUCCAGAUGCGGUCCUUGAUGGUGGAACAGUUCUCUAUCUUCCAUCAGCAGUGCAAGCCUCCUAAAGCCCUCCCCACCGACCUGGAGCAGUUUGUGCAGAGUUCAGGUGAGCAUGGGGUCAUACUGAUGAGUCUGGGGACAUUAGUAUCCAAACUCCCUCCAAGAAUUACUGAUGAGAUCGCUGCAGCCUUUGCCCAGCUUCCCCAGAAGGUCAUAUGGAGGUAUUUAGGCCCAAAACCAAAACAUCUGGGCAACAACACUCUUCUGGUCAAAUGGUUCCCACAGAAUGACCUGCUGGGACAUCCCAAAACCAGACUAUUUGUGACUCACGGGGGCACAAAUGGACUUCAGGAGGCGAUUUACCACGGAAUCCCUAUUGUGGGCAUGCCUAUAUUCUUUGACCAACCUGAAAACCUGUCCCGGAUCAAAUCUAAGGGCGGGGCAGUGACGGUGGACAUUGCAGAGCUGGACAGGCAGGUGCUGGGGGAGGCCCUCGAAACAGUCCUGAGUGAAGCGUCCUACACAGAGAACAUGAAGAGGCUGUCGCGGCUGCACCGGGACCAGCCCCUGAGUCCCAUGGACCUGGCGGUGUUUUGGAUUGAGUUCGUGAUCAGACACAAAGGGGCGUCGCACCUCAAGUCGCACUCACACGCUCUGCACUGGGCCGUGUACCACUCUCUGGACGUUAUUGCCGCCCUGCUGGCCGCCGCUCUGCUGUUCACGGCCGCAUGUGUCUACGCGGGGAAGGCCGUGUUGAGAAGAGUUUUUAGGAGGAACAAAGUCAAAAAUGCAUGA